CAAUUACCUGAAAUGUUUAAACACAACAGAAACAAUGUGAUCGCUCUCUUGAAUCUGUUCUCCACGUUAAACCCCCCACCCCCACCUCUCAACGAGCAGUAAGAUAAAAAAGAAAUGUAAACACUUUCUUUGUCGUUGAGAUAAUAUAAAGUCAACACAUGUGUUACCGGCACGGACAGUUUUGAUGUGUACAAGGUCAUUCCAACAACUGGACCAAGAUUACUAGCCACUGUGUGAAGCUGAAUACAAACACAUUAAGGCCGAUAGACUGCAACUUUAAAGAUAGGUAACCACAGUUCUGCAUAUUUUAAAUCAACUAACGAAUAAUGUCACGUCCAUAUAAACUGCUGGUAGAACGCGCUCAUCAGAUAGUUCAAAUCAGCAACACAGGGCAACGAUUUCUCAAAGGGAAAGAACUGAAUGACUUGGUCGUAUUACAGGGAGACAAGGGAGGCUAUAGCAUCUUGGUGGAUCGUGAUGGAUUUAUUGCCGAUGUUGACACCAGUAAGGUCAUUUCGGCUAAGUAUGACAUUUGUGACGUAGAUGUGGUCAUCGAUGCUACUGGUCAGUGCAUAUUGCCAGGAUUUGUGGACGCCCAUACACACCCAGUCUGGGCGGGAGACAGGGUUCACGAGUUUGCUAUGAAGCUUGCAGGCGCCACGUACAUGGACAUCCACAAGAUGGGAGGCGGCAUACACUUCACCGUCAGCCAGACACGCCAAGCAGACGAGGAAGAACUGUUCACGUCAUUGCGAGAUAGGCUGGCUCAGAUGGUCCAGUCUGGGACAACUCUCGUAGAGUGCAAGAGUGGUUAUGGCCUUGACCUCGAGAACGAGGUCAAGAUGCUGAAAGUGAUUGAGAGGGCGAGAAAGGAAGGUGGAGUGGACAUAUCCAGUACUUAUUGUGGUGCCCACGCUGUUCCUGCAGGGAAGACGGCACAGGAAGCCACCGAUGACGUCAUCCGUAACCAAAUCCCACACAUUCGUCGUCUCGUGGAAGCAGGCGAGCUACAGGUGGACAACAUCGAUGUCUUCUGUGAGUUGGGUGUAUUCGAUCUGAACCAAUCGCGUGACAUCCUCAAGGCGGGCAAAGACGUUGGUCUGCAGAUCAAUUUUCACGGUGAAGAGCUUCACAGGCUCAACUCCGCAGAGAUGGGAGCUGAGUUGCAAGCUCACGCCAUAAGUCAUCUGGAAGAGAUUUCUGAGUCUGGGAUUGAAGCCAUGGCCUCGUCCGGGAGCGUGGCAGUAGUGUUACCCACAACAGCCUACACUUUGCGGCUCAAGCCUCCACCUGUGAGAGCCAUGAUUGAAUCUGGUGUGACAGUUGCUCUAGGCUCAGAUUACAACCCCAACGCUCACUGUCUGGCCAUGCCACUUGUCAUGAAUCUGGCUUGCGUUACAAUGAAGAUGUCAAUGACUGAAGCUCUUGUGGCAGCCACACUAAACGCCGCCCAUGCCUUGGGCAAAUCUGAAAGUCAUGGCUCUCUUGAAGUGGGCAAGGUUGGCAACAUGGUCCUAGUGGCAGCUCCAAGUUGGGAACAUCUGAUCUAUCAAAUGGGCAGUCACAACAAUCUCAUCUGGCGUGUCGUAUGGAGAGGUCAGACAGUGUACCACAAACAUUAAGACACUCCUACAGCAUUCCAUUUACUGCUGAAAUCUACAUCUUUAGGCCAGCAUUAAUUUCUGUCACAUACAAAUUUAAUUACAAAUAUUUUCUUUCUUAA